GGAUCCCGGCGCUGAAUGACCCUCUCCUGUCCCCUGCGCGCCCCUAGCGCCUCACUGUUUACACUUACUGCAGGAAACUCCUCUCCCGGGGUGUCAGGCAGCCGCAGCCUGAGGGCCGGAAGUCGGGCUAUCUACUUCCGUCUCCAGCCGGAAGUGCCUGCUGUUCCCGGCCAAGUCUCGGCGGUAACCAGCCCUGGCCAUGGCCGCGUCUUUGGCGGGGAAGAAGAUCGUGUUUGUGACGGGAAAUGCAAAGAAGCUGGAGGAGUGCCUGAGUACCAGGGAGAGCCGGAUGAAAUUUCCAUACAGAAGUGCAAGGAGGCAGCUCGCCAGGUGCAGGGUCCUGUACUGGUGGAGGAUACCUGUCUGUGCUUUAAUGCUCUCGGGGGGCUCCCUGGCCCCUACAUAAAAUGGUUCCUAGAGAAGCUAAAGCCUGAAGGUCUCCACCAGCUCCUGGCCGGCUUUGAGGACAAAUCAGCCUAUGCACUCUGCACGUUUGCUCUCAGCACUGGAGACCCAAGCCAGCCAGUGCUCCUGUUCAGGGGCCAGACCUCGGGCCAGAUUGUGAUGCCACGAGGCUCCCGGGACUUUGGCUGGGAUCCCUGCUUUCAGCCUGAUGGAUAUAAGCAAACGUAUGCAGAGAUGCCAAAGGCUGAGAAGAACACCAUUUCUCAUCGAUUCCGGGCCCUGCUCAAGCUACAAGAGUACUUCAGUGUGACUGCCGGUGGCCACUAAGGCCAUGGGGGAGGGGAGGACUGGUGCAGAACUUUCCAGGAGACAGACACUCCUGGAAAGUAUUUCUCUGGGUUGCCCUUUGCCGGGGAUCCAGGCAGCUUCAACAGCCAGGUAUGGAAGAGCGGUUUGCUCUGUAUAGGGAAUUCUGGGCCAAUUGAUACUACACUCUUGCCCUUGGGGAUUCAAGAGUUGCCUUUGGCCUGGCAUAGUGGUGCAUACCUUUAGUCCCAGAAUUUUGGAGGCAGAGGCAGAUAGAUCUUUGUGAGUUCAAGGCCAGCCUGGUUUACAUAGUGAGUUCCAGGACAACCAGAGCUACAUAGUGAGAUGCUGUCUCAAAAACAAACAAAAAACAGAGUUCUUGCAGCCUCUGGGAUCCUAAGAAAACUUUGUGUGUUCACACUUCUUAGCUGGGUUGAGAGUUGGCAAAGAAACACACAACCUUUGAUUUUUAGAAUGCAACAAUUGUAAAUAAGGAAGACAUGUUUACAAAAUAAAUGGUGUAUCUGUCUUGA